AUGAGCACCGACGUGGCUCAGCUCGGAGAGGCGGCUCCCUUCCUGCGCAGGAGUGCCGGGGAGCUCGCAGGGAUGCAGAUGCUGCCGUCUGACGGUUCGGUGUCUUCGCUUUCUUCCCUCUGUCAGCUUGCCGAAACCAGCCCCAGACCUUUCCAAGUAGAAGCAAAUCCAAGGAGAGCCGAGCAAAGCUUGAAACUGUCUUUUUAAUGAAACGGUCUAUGCAAGCUAAAACCCAGGAAUAAUUGUACAUGUGGGCGUUAUUUUAAAUAGCUGUUUAACACAAGCAAUUCAAAAUGUUGCUACUGAAAUUGAAGCAUGUGAGGUUUUAAAGAGGUCCGUUAUGUAAGUGAAUAUCAGUGCCGUUCGGCAUGUCUUACUGUUUUGAUGGAAGAGUGCUCCUCAGUGUAUCUUUGUGCAGAAAGAAUACAGCAGUUUAACAUCUCGGGCUCCCUUGGUGUGUGCUGGGACUCGCUUCCUUCCUGCCUCACUCAUGUCUGCUGUCACGCUUCCUCUCCAGGUAAGAAGAGGUGCUGGAUUCCUGACGACAGGGAGGUGUAUAUCGAAGCCGAAAUCAAGGAGACCCUUGGAGACAAAGUAGCUGUGGAGGCUGCUGACGGCAGGACCCUGCUGGUGAAGGAGGGAGAUGUCCAACAGAUGAACCCGCCCAAGUUUGAUAUGAUGGAGGACAUGGCCAUGCUGACACACCUGAAUGAGGCCUCUGUGUUGCAUAACCUGCGUCGCCGCUAUGCCAACUGGAUGAUCUAUACCUAUUCUGGGCUGUUCUGUGUCACCAUGAACCCGUACAAAUGGCUUCCUGUGUACAAAGUGGAGGUGAUCGCAGUUUAUAAAGGCAAGAGGCGCUCGGAGUCCCCUCCUCACAUCUUUGCCAUCGCUGACAAUGCCUACCACGACAUGCUGCGCAAUCGGGAGAAUCAGUCCAUGCUGAUCACGGGGGAGUCCGGUGCGGGAAAGACAGUCAACACGAAGCGAGUCAUUCAGUACUUCGCCACGGUGGCAGCUGCCGGGGAUGCUGGCGGCAAAAAGAACGGCUCGCUGGAGGAUCAGAUAAUCCAGGCUAACCCUGCACUGGAGGCGUUUGGUAACGCUAAGACACUGCGCAAUGAUAACUCCUCCCGAUUUGGCAAAUUUAUACGGAUACAUUUCGGACCAUCUGGAAAGCUAUCAUCCGCUGACAUUGAGAUUUACUUGUUGGAGAAAUCCCGAGUGAUUUUUCAGCAGCCAGGCGAGAGGGACUACCACAUCUUCUACCAGAUCUUGUCAAGAAAGAAACCAGAGUUACAGGAGAUGCUGCUGGUUACCAGCAAUCCAUAUGACUUCCACUUCUGCUCUCAAGGCGUGGUGACUGUGGACAACCUGGAUGACGGAGAGGAGCUGCUGGCCACUGAUGAAGCCAUGGACAUCCUGGGCUUCAGCCCUGACGAGAAGUAUGGGGCCUACAAACUGACCGGGGCGAUCAUGCACUUCGGGAACAUGAAGUUCAAGCAGAAACCGCGGGAGGAGCAGGCAGAGGCUGACGGGACAGAGAAUAUGGACAAGGCUGCCUACCUCAUGGGCAUCAGCUCCUCUGACCUUGUGAAAGGGCUGUUGCACCCGCGGGUGAAAGUUGGCAACGAGUACGUCACCAAAGGACAAAAUGUGGAGCAGGUGAACUAUGCUGUGGGUGCCCUGGCCAAAGCAGUUUAUGACCGCAUGUUCAAAUGGCUAGUCACCAGGAUUAACAGGACUCUGGACACCAAGUUGCCCAGACAGUUCUUCAUAGGAGUGCUGGACAUUGCAGGAUUCGAGAUCUUUGAUUUCAACAGUUUUGAGCAGCUGUGCAUCAAUUACACCAAUGAGAAGCUUCAGCAGUAUUUCAACCAUCACAUGUUUGUGCUGGAGCAGGAGGAGUACAAGAAGGAAGGGAUUGACUGGGUUUUUAUUGACUUUGGUCUGGACCUACAGGCCUGUAUCGAUCUCAUUGAGAAGCCAAUGGGAAUUUUGUCAAUCCUUGAAGAGGAAUGCAUGUUCCCAAAGGCCACAGAUAUGACUUUCAAGGCCAAGCUGUAUGACAACCAUGUGGGCAAGUCCAGCAACUUCCAAAAACCCAAGCCAGACAAGAGGAGGAAGUAUGAAGCCCACUUCGAGCUUGUGCACUAUGCUGGAGUGGUUCCAUACAAUAUCAUUGGUUGGCUGGAGAAGAACAAAGACCCCCUGAAUGAGACUGUAGUUGGGCUGUUUCAGAAAUCGUCCAAUAAGCUGCUAGCAAGUCUCUUUGAAAACUAUGUUAGCUCUGACAGGGAUCAGUCCAGCGAGAAAAAGCGUAAGAAAGGAGCCUCUUUCCAAACUGUGUCUUCCCUACACAAGGAGAACCUUAACAAGCUGAUGACAAAUCUGAGGUCCACGGCCCCUCACUUUGUUCGCUGUAUCAUUCCCAAUGAAACCAAGACUCCAGGUGUCAUGGACCCCUUCCUCGUGCUCCACCAGCUCCGAUGUAACGGUGUUCUGGAAGGAAUCCGUAUCUGCCGGAAGGGCUUUCCCAAUCGCAUCCUGUAUGCUGACUUCAAGCAGAGGUAUCGCAUACUCAAUCCCAACCACAUCCCCGAGGACAAAUUUGUGGACGGCAGAAAGGCGGCGGAGAGGCUCCUGGGCUCCCUGGACGUCGACCACACCCAGUACCGCUUCGGGAGCACGAAGGUGUUUUUUAAGGCAGGUCUCCUGGGACACCUAGAAGAAAUGAGGGAUAAGAGACUGGCCAAGGUCCUGACCAUGAUCCAGUCCCGAGCCAGGGGAAAGCUGAUGCGCAUGGAGUACCAGAAGAUGUUUGAAAGAAGGGAGGCGGUGCUGGUGAUCCAGUGGAACAUCCGGACCUUCAUGGCGGUGAAGAACUGGUCCUGGAUCAAGCUGUUCUUCAAGAUCAAGCCGCUGCUCAGGACUGCAGAGGCAGAGAAGGAGAUCUCCACCAUGAAGGAGGAGCACCAGCGGCUGAAGGAGACGCUGGAGAAGUGCGAGACCCGGAGGAGAGAGCUGGAGGAGAAGCAGGUCACCCUCAUCCAGGAGAAGAAUGACCUCCUACUCCAGCUGCAGGCGGAGCAAGACACGCUGGCGGAUGCGGGGGAGCGCUGCGACCUGCUGAUCAAGUCCAAGAUCCAGCUGGAGGCCCGCUUGAAGGAGCUGGCGGAGCGGCUGGAGGAAGAGGAGGAGGCGGCGCUGGAGCUGGCCAACAGGAAGAGGAAGCUGGAAGACGAGUGCUCGGAGCUGAAGAAGGACAUCGACGACUUGGAGAUCACCCUGGCCAAAGCAGAGAAGGAGAAGCACGCCGCCGAGAACAAGGUGAAGAACCUGACGGAGGAGCUGUCCGCGCUGGAGGAGACAGUGCUGCGGAUGGGUCGGGAGAAGAAGGCCCUGCAGGAGGGUCACCAGCAGACCCUGGAGGAGCUGCAGGCAGAGGAGGAGAAGGUCCUCUCCCUCACCAAGGCCAGGACCAAGCUGGAGCAGCAGCUGGAUGACCUGGAGAGCGCCCUGGACCAGGAGAAGAAGACACGCGUCGACCUAGAGAGGAUGAAGCGCAGGCUGGAGGGAGACCUGAAGCUGACCCACGAGACCAUCACGGACCUGGGGAAUGAAAAGCUGCAGCUCGAGGAGAAGCUGAAGAAGAACGAAUCUGAGAUGAGCAACCUCAGCUCCAAGAUUGAGGAGGAGCAGGCCAUGGCAGGCCAGCAGCAGAAGACUAUUAAAGAGCUCCAGGCUCGAAUCGAGGAGCUGGAGGAGGAGCUGGAGUCGGAGCGGGCAGCCAGGGCACGGGCGGAGAAGCAGCGGGCCGAGCUGGCCCGGGAGCUGGAGGAGCUGGGGGAGCGUCUGGAGGAGGCGGGCGGCGCCGGCAGCGCCCAGGCCGAGCUGAGCAAGAGGCGGGAGGCGGAGUGCCUGCGUCUGCGCCGGGACCUGGAAGAGGCCACCCUGCGGCACGAGGCCUCCGCCGCCGCCCUGCGCAGGAGGCACGCCGACAGCGCGGCGGAGCUGGGCGAGCAGAUCGACGGCCUGCAGCGGGUCAAGCAGAGGCUGGACAAGGAGAAGAGCGAGCUCCGCCUGGAGGCGGACGACCUGGCAGGGAGCCUCGCGCACGUGACCAAGGCCAAGGCGACCUCAGAGAAGCUUUGCCGCACCUACGAAGACCAGCUGAAUGAGGCUAAAUCACGGAUUGAGGAGCUCAGCCGCCAGGUCGCGGACCUCAGCACCCAAAGGAGCCGCUUGCUGACAGAGAACGGGGAGAUGAGCCGGCAGCUGGAGGACAGGGAAGCCCAGAUUGGCCAGCUGACGAAGGGCAGGAGCAUCUUCACCCAGCAGGUCGAGGACCUCCGGAGGCAGCUGGAGGAGGAGGCCAAGGCGAGGAGCGCGCUGACCCACGGGCUGCAGGCCGCGCGGCACGAUCGCGACCUCCUGCAGGAGCAGUACGAGGAGGAGCUGGAGGCCAGGGCCGAGCUGCAGAGGCUGCUGUCCAAGGGCAACGCAGAGGUGGCCCAGUGGCGGGACAAAUACGAGACCGACGCCAUCCAGAGGACUGAGGAGCUGGAGGAGGCGAAGAGGAAGCUGGCAGCGCGUCUGCAGGAGGCGGAGGAGAGCGUGGGGGCGGCCCACGGCAGGGCCGCGGCGCUGGAGAAGGCGCGCGGCCGCCUGCAGGGGGAGCUGGAGGACCUGCUGCUGCAGCUGGAGAGGGCCGGCGCCGCGGCGGCCGCCCUGGACAAGAGGCAGCGCGGCUUCGACAGGCUGCUGGCCGAGGGGAAGCAGAGGCACGAGGAGAGCCAGGCGGAGCUGGAGGCGUCGCAGAAGGAGGCGCGGGCCCUGAGCGCCGAGCUCUUCAAGAUGAAGCACGCGUACGAGGAGGCCCUGGUCGGCCUGGAGGCCGCGAGGCGAGAGAAUAAGAACCUGCAAGAGGAAAUUGCAGAUUUGACAGACCAGAUAGGCGAAAGGACGAAAAGCAUCCAGGAGGUUGAGAAGAUGAAGAAACAGCUGGAGCAGGAGAAGGCGGAGACCCAGACUGCUUUGGAGGAGGCUGAGGCAGCAUCUGAACAUGAAGAAAGCAAGACUCUGCGAGUACAGCUCGAGCUGUCUCAAGUAAAGGCAGAUUUUGAGAGAAAGGUUGCAGAGAAAGAGGAGGAAAUUGAAAACUACAGGAAGAGUUACCAGCGCGCCGCUGAGACGCUGCAGGCCGCCCUGGACGCCGAGGUGAAGAGCCGCACGGAAGCGGCGCGCGUGAAGAAGAAGAUGGAAGGAGACCUGAACGAGAUGGAGAUCCAGCUGAACCACGCGCACCGGCAGGCUGCAGAGGCCCAGAAGAGCACCCGCGCCCUGCAGCUGCAGAGCAAGUUCCCUCUAAGGGCUGGCAUGUGUCCACUCAGCUGGCUCUGUCUGAGAUGACUGGCCUGGCUGUGCUGUGUUGCCCAGGAGCUCCAGGUGCAGGUGGAUGAGUUGUCCCAGGAGCGGGGGGAGCUGAGGGAGCAGGCCGGUCUGGCAGAGCGGCGUUCGGCGCUGCU